UUCGACGUGAUUACCAUUAUGAUGGACCCGUUAGCUGACCUGGACGAUUGGAUCAAACGAGCAGGCAAGAAGUGGUUCGAGAAUUUCGGUCGCGCCCGGGUGACGAAGCGGCCACGUGAACACAAAGGUUUGCCGAUGCCAAAAAGAACCCGCGACGACACAGGGGCGGCUUUCAUUCGGAUGCGGAACGCCAUCACGUCCUCACUCUCGGGCCCUGUUGGCGACAUCUUACCGAAGCAGGAGAGCGCGGUCACGCUCGGCGACUUGAGCGACAAGCAGUUGGAAGAGAUGCUCUUCAACCAGAAGAAGAUCGACAAGGCCAAGGUGACCAAAGCCCGCAAAAGGGUCCUGCUGCAGAAAAAGCAGGAAGACAUCGCUGGCUCAUGCAUCUUCUCUUUGGACGUGAUUCCCCUGCCGCAGGCCCGUCCAGCGGGUCUCGGCGCGUUGCAGGUGGAGCAGCUGUUGGAGGCAGAUAUCAUCGUCACUGAACAUCUAGACAGAGCGCCGUGCCACGUACUCUUGAGCGCGGGCUUGCACGGGGCCUCCUUGGCUACGCCAGCGUACAUCUCGAGCAAUGGGCAUCAAGGGGCCUGCCUGGGCUACUUUAAAGCUACGAGCGUGAAGCGGAAAAUCUACGUGACGCAUGGCUUCAUGAACACACACUUUGAGGCCGCGUCUGCGUUGUGCGAGUCCCUUCGCGUGGUCGACUGCAAGUGGGCCACGAAUCGCGUCGAGGAGCUGCUCAGGUACAUCGGACCUGACGUGCCUCAACGUGACCGUCGCCAGCGAGAGGUGCUGGCUUUCAUGACCUCCGGCGAGAUCGCUGCAGAGGACCUUGCAAAGGCGCUCGCUCUCAACGGGGUAAG